AGAGGUGGGGCUUAAGUCUGGAAUUCAGAUGCCUAUAGAUGACUGCUCUGUGGCAGCUAAACCAAGAGAACAGCUGCUCUGCUCAUUAUUUCAAACCACACCAGGGUACAGAGCUUGUGCUUCAGGAUGGAAACCUAUGGUUAUCUGCACAGGGAGUCAUGCUUUCAAGGACCUCAUGAACUCUAUUUUAAGAACCUCUCAAAACGAAACAAACAAAUCAUGGAGAAGAAUGGAAAUAACCGAAAGCUGCGGGUUUGUGUUGCUACUUGUAACCGUGCAGAUUAUUCUAAACUUGCCCCAAUCAUGUUUGGCAUUAAAACUGAACCUGAGUUCUUUGAACUUGAUGUUGUGGUACUUGGCUCUCACCUGAUAGAUGACUAUGGAAAUACAUAUCGAAUGAUUGAACAAGAUGACUUUGACAUUAACACCAGGCUCCACACAAUUGUGAGGGGAGAAGAUGAGGCAGCUAUGGUGGAGUCAGUAGGCCUGGCCCUAGUGAAGCUGCCAGAUGUCCUUAAUCGCCUAAAGCCUGAUAUCAUGAUUGUUCAUGGAGACAGGUUUGAUGCCCUGGCUCUGGCUACAUCUGCUGCCUUGAUGAACAUCCGAAUCCUUCACAUUGAAGGUGGGGAAGUCAGUGGGACCAUUGAUGACUCUAUCAGACAUGCCAUAACAAAACUGGCUCAUUAUCAUGUGUGCUGCACCCGAAGUGCAGAGCAGCACCUGAUAUCCAUGUGUGAGGACCAUGAUCGCAUCCUUUUGGCAGGCUGCCCUUCCUAUGACAAACUCCUCUCAGCCAAGAACAAAGACUACAUGAGCAUCAUUCGGAUGUGGCUAGGUGAUGAUGUAAAAUCUAAAGAUUACAUUGUUGCACUACAGCACCCUGUGACCACUGACAUUAAGCAUUCCAUAAAAAUGUUUGAAUUAACGUUGGAUGCGCUUAUCUCAUUUAACAAGCGGACCCUAGUUCUGUUUCCAAAUAUUGAUGCAGGUAAUGGUGAAAUAGUUAAGAAAUAUACUCAGUUCAAUCCUAAAACCUAUGAAGAGAGGAUUAAUUUAAUCCUACAGAUGUGUGUGGAAGCUGCGGCAGAAGCUGUAAAACUGAACUGCAGAAUUUUGGGAGUAGGCAUUUCCACAGGUGGCCGUGUAAAUCCUCGGGAAGGAAUUGUGCUGCAUUCAACCAAACUGAUCCAAGAGUGGAACUCUGUGGACCUCAGGACCCCCCUGUCUGACACUUUGCAUCUCCCCGUGUGGGUAGACAAUGAUGGCAACUGUGCUGCCCUGGCAGAAAGGAAAUUUGGCCAAGGAAAGGGACUGGAAAACUUUGUUACACUUAUCACAGGCACAGGAAUCGGUGGAGGAAUUAUCCAUCAGCACGAAUUGAUCCAUGGAAGCUCCUUCUGUGCUGCAGAACUGGGCCACCUUGUUGUGUCUCUGGAUGGGCCUGAUUGUUCCUGUGGAAGCCAUGGGUGCAUUGAAGCAUAUGCCUCCGGAAUGGCCUUGCAGAGGGAGGCAAAAAAGCUCCAUGAUGAGGACCUGCUGUUGGUGGAAGGGAUGUCAGUGCCAAAAGAUGAGGCAGUGGGUGCACUCCAUCUCAUCCAAGCUGCCAAACUUGGCAAUGCGAAGGCCCAGAGCAUCCUAAGAACAGCUGGAACAGCUUUGGGUCUUGGGGUUGUGAACAUCCUCCAUACUAUGAAUCCCUCCCUUGUGAUCCUCUCUGGAGUCCUGGCCAGUCACUAUAUCCACAUUGUCAAAGACGUCAUUCGCCAACAGGCCUUAUCCUCCGUGCAGGACGUGGACGUAGUGGUUUCGGAUUUGGUUGACCCCGCCCUGCUGGGUGCUGCCAGCAUGGUUCUGGACUACACAACUCGCAGGAUCUACUAGACCUCCAGGAACGGACAUGGACUGAGACUCAAGAGCUCUGGAGUGGAAUCAAAUUCUUGUUUUUAGGAUACCAUUUCUUUACAAGCAAAUCUGGUAUUGAACAGCAGGUGACUUUAGCAGAGAAAUGUUUUUGCUUUUGGUCUCCUCUUCCAGAGUCACCUUUCCCAACUCCUAUUUUUGUAGAUGCUAUUCUUUCUGAUGUUUUCCUAGGAGGGGUCAUUUUAGCUCAAACCCUGUAAGUUCCAGUCACAAUUUUCUGUGCCAAACUAGCUAUAAUAAUGGACAAGGAAGCCUUAGAACUCUGCUUACUUAUGAAUUAUUAUCACUGAGACCUGCAGUCCUUGCCUGGGAUGUCACUUCAUCCUGAAGUUUGCAUUAAUAAUCCUUCCUGCCAGGCACGGUAGCUCACGCUGGUAAUCCCAGCACUUUGGGAGGCCGAGACGGGUGGAUCACCUGAGGUCAGGAGUUCA